AAUGCCACCAAUUCGGAAGCAACAACCGGAUUCAAGCUGGUCAGGAGUCAAUGUUCUGUAUUUCCUGAUCGCUUUCCGUGUCUGCAAUGUUCUUCUCACUCGCACCUUCUUUCAACCAGACGAAUACUUCCAAUCUCUAGAGCCCGCCUGGGACAUAGCUUUUGGGCCAUCUAGUGGCGCGUCAUCACUACACCCUUUUCUCUUUGCAGCCGUAUAUCGCGUGACAGCAUUGAUCGCUGAUGCUCUACAUCUGGAAGCAGCGACUCAAGCGGAGCUACUGCUGGCAGCUCCCAAACUUCUUCAAGCGGGGUUUGCAGCGACUACCGACUAUUUCAUCUGGAAGCUGGCGACAAAAGCUUACGGCAAAGGCUCAAAGGCUUCUUCUGCUGCCACCACACUGACUACUGUUGCUUUGUGGCUUUGGCCUCUGCGUAAUGAUCCCAAGCAACCUGGUUCCAAUGCUACGAGUCUACGAAUGGCUCUGGCAUUGGCUGCUAUAGCCACAGUAUUGAGGCCAACGAACGCGAUCAUCUGGAUCGUCAUGGCUGUAUAUACGGCAGCACCAGGCAAGGACAUCAAUACAACAAGAGCGCUUUGGACUUUGGCUGUAGAGUGCCGUGAGGCGGUCAUCUCAGGGUUCGUCUACAUAUAUCUCUUCGAUUUGCCGUUCGCCAUCUCACUCGCCUCAGAUCAUCUAUAUUAUGGCGAUUGGACCUUCCCCCCACUCCGCUUCAUCCAUUUCAACGUCGUGCAAUCUCUUGCUGUCUUCUAUGGCAGAAACCGACCCGAUUACUACUUGACCGAAGGACUUCCCUUGCUCCUGACGAUGACACUGCCAUUUGCCAUGUGGGGCUGCUGGUCUGCUUUCUCCAACAACAAAAGAUACAGCACUGAUUGUCAANAAGUCACGCGACCUUUGGCAAUCUCUGCCUUUGUUUUUGUGACCAUCAUGAGCUUGAUUGCUCACAAAGAAGUCAGGUUCAUCUACCCACUAUUGCCAGGACUUCUGGUAUUGGCAGCAGGCNCCUUUUCACAGUUCUUCUCGCCGCUGCUGUUGCCCAGGCUCGCCGUGAAGAAGAUUCUUUUGCUUGUGUUUGUUGCUGUCAACGUGGCCCUAGCUUUUUACAUCACUCAGGUUCACCAGCGAGGUGUCAUUGACGUGCUACACCAUCUCCGACACGAACACGAGCUUAAAACGUCUUCAAACACUACCGUCAUGUUCAUGAUGCCCUGCCACAGUACACCAUGGAGAAGCCAUCUGGUCUACCCUGCAAUCGAUGCACGGGCACUGACAUGCGAACCACCACUUGAUGUUCCUCUUGAGGCGAGAUCUUCGUAUAUGGACGAAGCAGAUCAGUUCUACGAGGACCCGGUUGCCUGGAUGCGUGAGCACAUGGAAGAUCCGGGAACACUAGAGAAGAGGCAGACAACCGCUGCAAUCAAUAUCCAUCAAGACAGGGCACAGUGGCCGGAAUAUCUGGUCUUUUUUGAGCAGUUGGAGCCGACGAUGGCAGAGUACCUGGCCAAGACCGCAUACAGACAGUGUUGGCGAGGCUUCAAUACGCACUGGCACGACGACUGGAGACGUCAAGGAGAUGUGGUGGUGUGGCGGUUGGGUGAAUGUGUA